AUGCAGACUGCUUCUACAGACAUUUGUGAAUGAGAUGGGUCGCUCUCAGGAGCUCAGCGAAUUCAGGCAUGGUACCGUGAUGGGUUGCCACCUGUGCAAUAAGUCCAUCCGUGAAACUUCCUUGCUUCUAAAUAUUCCACGGUCAACUGUUAAUGGUAUUAUAACAAAGUGGAAGCAACUGAGAACAACAGCAACUCAGCCACAAAGUGAGUGGGUCAGCUCAUGCUGAAGCGCACAGUGCGCAGAAGUCACCAACUGCCUGCAGAGUCAAUAGCUAAAGACCUCCAAACUUUAUGUGGCUUUCAGAUUAGCAGCACAACAACAGAGUGUAGAGAGCUUCAUGGAAUAGUAGUCCAGUGGC